AUGAGCAUUGGUCCAAGUUAUGAUGGGAUGCAAUCUGGCUCUUCGUCCCUCUGGGGCCACGAAGGCGGUGGUGGCCCCAAGAAGUGGACGGAGCUCUACAUCAAAGGCAUUGCGUUGAUACCGUACUGCUUUCCGACAGAAGAACAUCGCAAAGCAAAUGGUGAGAAAUUAGAAGCAGCUAUCAAACUAUGGAUGACAGCUCUCGGCGGCGGACCCUCGCCGGGUACAAACCACAAGAUCAUCUUCUCGGAGUAUGUUGACUUCUCACAGAACCCAAGGUACUGCAUAGAUGUCAACAGUCCAGCUGAGAGCAAAUGGAAUAUGGCUGUACCAUACAAGACAGUCGCCAUCUGGAAGGACGAUGGCGUGGGCAAAGCCGCGGCCGCAUCCACUGUGGGUAUGGGUGAUACGCCGGGGAAGCCUUGGGAUCUGAACAUGUGA